AUGCCAGCAAAGGCGGCCACACCUGCAGCAGAGGUCGGCACAGCAGCGGCUGCAGCUGCAGCAGCAUCGGCAGCGGCUGGUCCAGCAUGGCGGCAAUUCUCGUUCUUCGAGUCGUCUCCCGUGCGCGAUGUGGACGACUUUGUCAAAGCGCCAUCUGCCUUGCGCAAUCCAAAUGAGGUAGCUGCUGUUUGCCAAUGUCCUAUCCGUCCACCUCCCUCUGCUUUCCUCAACGGCACAGACGCAGACUCUUCGUUGCAGUUUGAUGCAGCCCCGUCGACAUCCACCUCCAAGACGGUCAAGGCAUCCAAAGCCACACGCAAGCAGCCAUGCACGCUGGUCGGCACUAUUCAGGGCAAGAUCAAGGUGCUUGAUCCAGAGACAUACCAAGAAAUGUCGUCGUGGGAUGCAUUCUCGUCUGCAGGCGCUGCAGGCCGCGUGACACACUUGUCUUGCGAUGCUCGAGGCAGGGUUGUGACACUCGGUGAAGAAGACAGCUCUCGCUUUCCCAUCUUGAGGAUCUGGGAUCUUCGCAAUGGACGCAACCCAUCGCGUCAGGAUGCAGGUGCUGCUACAGCUCAGCAAAACGGCGCUCCAGCGUCAGCAGCGCAAAACGUGACCUGGAUCCCGCGCUUGCUGGCAGAAGGCAAAGUGCAGCACGGCAGUCGACCACAUCCUAUCGCAGCCAUUUCACACACGCCUUCUCUCUCCUAUCUCUCUGUAGCUCUAGCGGAUGGGACUGUGCUACUCAUCCGUGGUCUCGAGUCUGCGCUAAUGGCAGCCGCCGGUAAUGCUGGAAUUGCCACGCCUGCCUCUGCCGCGAGACCAGCGCCCGCGACUGCACUGCCCAAGUUCAAGGUCGUCUUCCAACCAACCAGCUCGGAUCCUGGCGCGCACGAGCCAGUAACCGCACUCGGCUUCUCAGAAGCUGCUCCUGUUUCAGCCACUUCGACAGCGCCCAGUAACACGAAUAACAAGCUCAACGGCACAUCAGCAGCGGCCGCACCAGCAUAUGAGCCUAGAGCACUGCAUGGCUCGAAAGGGCGCAAAGGUGUAGCCGGUCGCCCGAGAGAUACUCGAAGUGCUGCCAACGCGAACGCGGCUGUUGCAGCAGCACAGCUGGAGUCAACAGCGCCACCCUCGGCUGUCCACCUGUUCAUCGUCACGCUUUCGCGCGUGUUGCGAUACGUAGUCGUCGGCAAAGGCGCAGGCGGAAGCCUGGCCGUACUCGACGAUGUUGGAGGCGCCCUUGGCUGUGCAGCUGUGAUUCCUCCUCGGUCGGCUAUCUCAUCGACAGCUACUUUCGGUGCAAGUGCGUCAAGCUCGCAGGUGCAUACGCACAGCAGCCCGGGUACCGCAGGCAAGAUGGUCAUUGCACGCGACGAGGCCAUCUACGUGAUCGGCCAGGAAGGACGAGAGGCGUGCUUUGCCUACGAAGGUCCUAAAUCUUCUAUACACCUCUCAGCGUCGCAGGUGGUGAUUGUCUCUCCGCCCUACACCCCUUCUUCAGCUUCGUCUUCAUCGUCUCGAAACUUGAUCGGCAAUCGUGAUUCGCCUCUCACCACGCCUACGUCGCGCAAGGGGUCCAUGAUCCGGGCCGAGAUCGCCAAGAUCACCAUCUUCGACUUGGACAACAAGCUGGUGGCGUUCAGCGGCACGUUUGAGUCUGGCAUCCGCGAGGCGUGGGUGGGGCCAGCGGGUGAAGUGCUUGUGUUGACCGAUACGGGCGAGCUGACCAGGCUGGACGAAAAGCCGCUGCGGGCGAAACUCGACGUACUCUACCGCAAGAGCCUUUUCCUGCUGGCCGUCAACCUGGCGCGCUCGCACAUGCAGCGCGCUGCGAGCCCUGACGUGCUGGCCAGAACCGAAGCAUUGAUGGGAGACAUCUACCAACGCUAUGGCGACCACCUCUACAACAAGGGCGACUACGACGGAGCUAUGGCGCAGUACGUAAAGACCAUCGGGCAUACUCAGCCGUCGUUUGUGAUCCGCAGGUUUCUGGACGCACAGCGCAUUAAGAACUUGACGACCUACUUGCAGGAGCUGCACGCGCAGAACCUGGCCAGCUCGGACCAUACGACGCUGCUACUCAAUUGCUAUACCAAGUUGAAGGACGUUGCGUCCCUCGACAAGUUUAUCAAAAGGCCCCAUGCCAAGGCGUCUGCAGAGAAUGCGGACGACGACGCCGUCGACGCAGAUGGCGCUGCUGCCGAGGACAGGGACGAGUUGCCGUUUGACCUGGAGACGGCCAUGCAGGUGUGUCGACAGGCUGGGUACUUUGGACACGCUGCCUACCUCGCUAAACGAUACGGCGAACAUCGAGAGUAUCUGCGCAUCCAGAUCGAGGAUGCCAAAGACUACCGCGAUGCUCUCUUGUACGUGCGCGGACUGGAGGCGCAAGAUGCGAUCACUAGCAUGGCACAGUAUGCAAAAACGCUGCUGUCCGAGUUGCCGGAUGAGACGACCGAGCUGCUCAUCGAGCUGUGCUCCGGCGCGUUCCGACCGGAUCCGGAUUCGGCUCACAAGGUGUUUGGUCUGCAACCGGGCGAGAGCGACGCAAAGAAGCCAGCAACCAAAUCGGCCGCUGCAGCUUAUCUCAGUUACCUGCAGGUUGGGGGGUUCGGAAAGACGCAGGGGCAGCCUGUUAACGCUAGCGCGCAAGAAUCUGCUGCUGCCGCGACAAGCCUGCGCAAUGGUACUGGUGCCAAUACUCCCACUCAGCGCCAUUCCGCCGCACUUGCCGAGCCGUACUCUAUCAGCGAUAGCGGUAUUGGCAAAAAUGUAACACGUCCAUCCAGCACGGUAAGGCCAGGUGAGGUGGAUGCGGAUGCGUCUCUGGCCGAAGGCGAUGCAAGUGGUGUCGGCGUCGAGGAGGCGGACAAGAUGGAAGCAUACGCGGUGCCUUCUCCACGAACCUAUUUUGCCCACUUUAUCCAGCACCCUCGCCACUUUGUCCGCUUUUUGGAGACCGUCGCUCUCGCGCGGUGGGGCCAGGCUGUGGACAUGGACGCUGAGCCGUCUGUGGACAACAAGCUGGCUUCUCCGGCUCAGGAGAAGAACGGUGCUGCACCGGCGUACUCCGAGCAGGCAGAAGAAGAGGAGGCGGUGGACGACGUGGAACGCGCCCUCCGCGAGCUGGGGUUGGACGCCGCUGGUGGCGACGGGGACGGCUACGAAGAUCAGGAAGUGCUAGACCAAAAGUCGAUCUGGAAUACGCUGCUUGAGCUGUAUCUUUCGUCGUCUUCGUCAUCAUUGUCGAGCGAAAAUGCCACACAGCAGCAGAGAUCAAGGGCACUGCGGCUGUUGGAGCAGCACUCUACGCUACCCUACGACGCGAGCCAUGCAGUGAUGCUAUGUUCGAUGGAAGACUUCAACGACGGCCUCAUCCUGCUAUACGAGCGCAUGGGCAUGUACGAAGAAGUUGUACGUCUGCACAUGGACGCUGCUGCGCUCGCUUCAGAUGAUGACGAAGAGGACAGAAGUAGUGCCAAAGUGAUGGCGGCGCUGCGUCGGUAUGGAGCCGUUCGACCGGAGCUAUACGAUCUGGUGCUGCGAUUCCUUGUCUCUUCGCCUGUACUGCUCGAACGACACACGUCGGACCUUCUUUCGGUCCUGACGUUGAUUCGCGAGCGCUCGCUCAUGUCGACGCUCGAGAUCGUACAGGUGCUCUCCUCGACCCCACACACGCACGUCGGGCUGAUCCGCGAGUUUAUCGUCUCGUCCAUCUCGGGCAUCUCCAGCGCAACGCAAAAGGACGCGGCAGCGAUCGCAGAGUACAAGCAGAGCACGGACGACACGCUGCACGAGAUCGCAGAGCUGACGGAUGCGGGCACGGCACGUGUGUUCCAGAUGACCCGAUGCACGGCGUGUGGCGGACAAUUAGACUUACCGAGCGUGCAUUUCAUGUGCAAGCAUUCCUACCACCAGAGGUGUCUGGGCGAGGAGGAAGCCGAGUGCGCCAGCUGUGGCGAGCACCAGCGAAGAGUGAGGGAGGGCCGAAGGAGGCAGGCUGCAGAGGCCGAGACCGUGCUCCAGGGUGCGAGGGAGGAUGGAGUGGCGGGUGUGGGGAAGUCAGAAGGCGGGGACAGGUUCGGGGAGUUGGCAGGGCUGUUCGGAUUGCCGAUCAUGGGAGCUGCCAGCGGCGCGGCUCAGCUUUGA